AUGCAGCUGUACCAGAAUAUCAUCAGAGGUAGAGAUAACGAUCUAUCCAACCUGGAACAUCCUACUCUUCAGGAAUCUGAUACCAUCCAAAGCUUCAUCGCUAAAAGUUAUACUACAGUGGGGAACUGCUGGACCUUGUUCUUUGAUAUGUCCUCCAUCUCUAGAAGCAACGAGCUGAAGUUGGCUGAGCUACGUAUUUGUCUCCCUUCUUUUAGAAAGUCCCACAGUGUGACAGUAGACAUCUACCAUACCAAUGACAGCAAGGAGAAAUUAUUCAUGGGAUCAUUUAAGACCAAGCUUUCUUCUGCACUAGAUUCUGACUGCAAGGUCUUCAAUCUCACCAUCUUGCUGCAGAACUUUCUGACCAGGGGAAAGAGGUUAAUAAAGGAUGAAUACAUACAGGCAAAAGGUCUCCAUCUGAAAGAUCCAGAGAAGAGUGCCACAGAAAAAGAUACAGAAAAUGUAGAUACAAUGAAGCAAGAUCAAUAUCAUGUAUCUGACUUUGCUGUAGAGAGAAUAAUGCUGGUUGUGUUUGCUAAAGAACAGUCUCAUGCUAAACCUGAUCCCCCCAGCCUUGGCAAGAAGCUAUUCCCUUCAAAGUAUGGUAUUGAUGAUAAUGCCAACAAGGUGAAUGGAUUUCGGAGACUUAGAAGAAACAAGAAAGAGAAAACACAAAUCCAUGUGAGCACCGUUCCACCUAAACCUAUUGAAGAGAUCAAACCCAAGUGCAAGAAGGUGGACAUGUUUGUGGACUUUCAGAAGAUCGGAUGGGGCAGCUGGAUUAUUUAUCCCAAGGCAUAUAAUGCAUAUAGAUGUGAAUCCACCUGUGCAGUUCCACAGAAUGAGACAGAGAAUGCAACAAACCAUUCCUACAUUAAGAGUUUGCUCCCUCUGAGUGACAUGGAGAAACGAGAGUGUCCCUCCUGUGUCCCCGUGAAGAUGAUGUCCAUGUCAAUGUUGUACUAUGAGAAUGAAGAUUUUAUCCUGAGGCACCAUGAAGAGAUGAUUGUAGAAGAAUGUGGACAUGUAACACUGACUGUCUCCUAAACUUUUCUUGCUACA